AUGAACGCCCUGGCCGACACUCUCAAGAGCAUCAACAAUGCCGAGAAGAGAGGCAAACACCAGGUUCUCAUCAGGCCAUGCUUCAAAGUCAUCGUCAGGUUUCUAACUGUGAUGAUGAAGCAUGGUUACAUUGGUGAUUUUGAAAUCAUUGAUGAUCACAGAACUGGGAAGAUUGUUGUGAACCUCACCGGCAGGUUAAACAAGCUUGGAGUGAUCAGCCCCAGUUGUGAUGUGCACUUGAAAGAUUUAGAAAAAUGGCGGAAUAAUCUGCUUCCUUUCUGCCAAUUUGGUUUCAUUGUGCUGACAAUCUCAGCUGGCAUCAUGGACCAUGAAGAAGCAUGA